GUGGGGGAAACUACCUUCAAAUGAAGACUCCUCCUUUCUUUCAGCAGAGAAGAAGGUGACUGCGUAUUUCGCCAAGGGGGAGUAAAAUCUCCCGGAUCCAGGCCACAGAGCUUUGUACAAGGAAGCCACGAUGGAGAGUUGUGGGAAUCUGGACUCUGUGGGCCUCAGACAGAAGGACAAUGAGAAUUCUGUGGAGCCACCUGAGGUGUCAUCAGAAGUGGCCAAGUAUUCAGUGGGGAAGGACCUUGGCAUUCAAAGGGGAUGGAAAAGGCACAUGGGAAACCAACCAAAGGCAGGGAGGAAGAGAUUCUCUGCUUCUCAGGGUGCCAGUGUCCACAAACUCCUAAUCCCACAGGAAGAUCAGAAAGGAAAUAGAAAAGAAAAAUGCCCGGAGUGUGGGAAAACAUUCAAAGAUAAAUCAAACUUGAACAGGCAUUGUAGAACCCACACAGGGGAGAAACCAUACGAGUGCCUGGAAUGUGGAAAGAACUUUGGUCACAGUCACCAUCUUACCGUUCAUCAAAGAACUCACACUGGGGAGAAACCCUAUAAAUGCACACAGUGCGGAAAAGCCUUCAGCGAUAGCGGAAGCCUUACUACCCAUGAAAGAAUUCAUACAGGGGAGAAACCAUACAAGUGUACGGACUGUGGAAAGAGCUUCAGCAACAGCGGAAGUCUUCAUACACAUAGAAGGACUCACACGGGUGAAAAACCGUAUAAGUGCCUGGAAUGUGGAAAGAACUUCAUCCACAGCGGAAGCCUUCAUGCACAUCAGAGAAUCCACACAAGGGAGAAAAUGUACACAUGCGUGGACUGCGGGAAGUGUUUUGCUUCCGGCAGCCCCUUUAACACACAUCCCAAAACCCGCACAGAGGAGAAACCUCAUAAAUGUAUGGCGUGUAGAAAGAGGUUCAUCAGUAGUGGAAGCCUUAAUUCUCUGCAAAUAAUCCACCCAGGGGAGAAUCCAUACGAGUGUGUUGUGUGUGGGAAAAGCUUCAUUGAUGGCAAAAGUCUGACUGCGCAUGAAAUAACGCACACGGGGGGGAAGCCAUAUAAGUGCCUGGAGUGCGGGAAAAGCUUCCGCCAAAGCUAUAAUCUUACAUCACAUCAGAAAACUCACACCGGGACGAAACCUUAUAAAUGCAUGACGUGUGGGAAAAGCUUCAGUCGUAGUGGGAGCCUUCUUUCCCAUCAGAGAACCCACACAGGAGAGAAGCCCUAUAGGGAGAAGCCCUUUCAAUGUGCUGAGUGCAGGAAGAAUUUCAGCCAGAGGACACACCUUAUGAAACACGAAAGAACGCACACGGGCGAGAAGCCCUACAAAUGUGCGGAGUGCGGGAAAAGUUUCAGCACGGGCGGAAGCCUUCACAGACAUCAGACGACCCACACAGGGGAGAAACCUUUCGAAUGCCCAGAAUGUGGGAAAAGCUUCAGUCGUCGAGGGAAUCUCAAUACACAUCAGAGAACCCACACAGGGGCAAAGCGACGUAAACGUGUGGAAUGUGAGAAAAGCUUCGGCAGCCUUACCUCGUAUCAGUGGAUCAGUGAAGAUGGUUAG